GGCAGAAUCACUGAAGUAGCACAGGAGAGCUUGUGAAAAAGAGAGAGCAGGACAAACAUUGACAGGCUGAGACAGAGUCAGAAAGGGAGAGCUUGCAGCAGCAGCUUCAUUAGCAUCAGGAGGAGAGUUGGUCACACGCAGCCACGCCGGGACUCUCACAGAUAAACCAUAACACAUCGCUUGUGGAGCACCACGGGAGCCUACAGAGGAGGAGGAAAAAGAGGCUGGAGCAAAGGCUUGAAGAAAAGAAUGAGAAGCAUCGGAGCCACCUGACUCAUACCGGGAGUCAGCCUCAGCAUCUGCAGCAGCAGACUGAGCUCUCUGGCUACCAAGGAGACUGGGGCGGACAGGGGGGAGAGAGCUGCUGAGAUUAUGCACGGGGCAGAGAGCUCCGGUGGAUUCCCCAUCUUUGGCAAUAGCAGCAGCAGCAGCAGGGGGAGUAGGAGCCUUGGCUCUAUAGACAGCAGCAGAGUCAGCUGGAGCUGCAGCAAAACAAGGAGCAAAGCUAUAUAUUUAUCCAGAAAUGAAGGUAGCAUUUACAGCCAAGGUGUAAGAGGCACCAGCGGUCGAUGUAGCCACUGUAUUGAAUGUACCUGUAGCCAAAGCAGUGACAGUAGCUGCAACACUGGUGCAAAGGUGACCACAGCAGUGCAGUUUAUUGUAGUUGUUGUAGUAGCAGGGGGGGGCAGUGGUUCAGAACACUGAAUGACCAGUGUGGCUGAUGAAGGCCACCUGGAUCCGUUUGCUGAAACGAGCCAAAGGAGGUCGAGUCAAGAGCUCUGAUGCCUGUGGUUCGGCCGACUCCUACACCAGCCGUCCAUCAGACUCCGAUGUGUCCCUUGAGGAGGAUAAGGAGGCAGCGCGCAGAGAGGCAGAGCGACAGGCUCAGGCACAGCUUGACAAGGCCAAGACCAAACCAGUUGCAUUUGCUGUUCGCACAAAUGUCAGCUACAGCCCGAGUCAUGACGAUGAUGUCCCUGUACCAGGCAUGGCUAUCUCCUUUGAGGCUAAAGACUUCCUUCAUGUCAAAGAGAAAUACAACAAUGACUGGUGGAUAGGACGCCUGGUGAAAGAAGGUUGUGAAAUUGGCUUUAUCCCCAGUCCGGUGAAACUUGAAAACACUCGAAUUCUCCAGGAACAGAGAGCCAAACAGGGAAAGUUCCACUCCAGCAAACUGGGAGCAAACUCAUCAUCUAGUUUAGGUGAAGUUGUUCCUAACUCACGGAAAUCUACUCCUCCUUCGUCUGCUGUUGACAUAGAUGCCACAGGCUUAGAACCCGAGGACAAUGAGCAUCCAGUCAACCUGCGCUCCCCUAAAGCCAGUCCAAACACUGUCAUAUCACCCCUAGCAAAAGAGAAACGAAUGCCCUUCUUUAAGAAGACGGAACACAUUCCUCCGUAUGACGUUGUGCCUUCCAUGCGGCCCGUGGUUCUAGUUGGACCGUCACUGAAGGGCUACGAGGUGACAGACAUGAUGCAAAAAGCUCUCUUUGACUUUUUGAAACACAGAUUUGAGGGAAGAAUAUCAAUCACUCGCGUCACGGCGGACAUCUCUCUCGCCAAACGUUCAGUCCUGAACAAUCCCAGCAAGCACGCCAUCAUCGAGCGCUCAAACACACGCUCAAACUUGGCUGAAGUCCAGAGUGAGAUCGAGCGGAUUUUCGAACUGGCUCGGACGUUACAGCUGGUGGUUCUGGAUGCAGACACCAUCAACCACCCGUCACAGCUGGGGAAGACUUCCCUCGCUCCCAUCAUCGUCUAUGUCAAGAUUACCUCUCCUAAGGUACUUCAGCGGCUCAUCAAGUCCAGGGGCAAGUCUCAGGCCAAACACCUCAAUGUCCAGAUGGUGGCUGCCGACAAGCUGGCUCAGUGCCCUACUGAGAUGUUUGACAUCAUCCUAGACGAGAACCAGCUGGAGGAUGCAUGUGAGCAUAUGGCUGAUUACCUGGAGGCCUACUGGAAGAGCACUCAUCCCACCAGCUGCAGCCCACCUGACCCACUGCUAACAAACCUGCCCACAGCCACCCUGCCCUCCAGCCCAACACCGGCCGCCGGUGUGCAGGACAACAGUACAGAGCAGAAAGGAGAUAAAGUGUUAGUGGAGAGGAAAGGCUCCAAAGACGAGUACCAGCAACACCACCAUCACCACCACCAUCAUCACCACCACCAUCAGAACCCAGAUCAGGCUGAUGCAGAAGCUGAGGGUGAAGGCAAUGAAGAAGAAAGGCCACUUAGGACAGAGGCUUCUAAAAGAGCCCAGCACAUCCACCACAGGUCAUCUUCCACCAGGACUGAGCACCACAACCACCAUCACCACCACCACCACCAUCACAACAGUAGAGCAAGGGGUCUCUCCCGGCAGGAGACUUUGGAAUCUGAGACUCCCGAGAGCCGAGAGAGCAAGGACUCAGCUUACAUCGAGCUACGUGCUAAGCUCCACCACCAGGACGAAGAGGAGGAAGAGGAGGAGGAGGAGGAGGUAGAGGAGGAGGAAGACGACGAGGAUCUAGGGGAGGGACAUCCCCAGCAGCAGCAGCGAUAUGAGCCACUGCCCCACCGGGACCACAACCACCAUCACCACCACCACCACCACCGCAGCGGGGUGGAUGAGGCCGGCCACAGCACAGGACACCACCGCUCCAAGGAGCGUGAGCAGGACCAUAAUGAACGGAACAAGCAGCGCUCUCACCACCACCACCGGCCAGCACGUGACCACCACCACCACUUCUACGACCGGGACAGAGAGGGGGAGGUGGCUCCCAAAAAGAGGGGCGAGGCAGGGGAGUGGGCCAGAGACUCGUAUAUCCACCAGUGAUAGAGCAAACCCCUGCUGAAGCUCCUCAGACCGUUCUGUUCUCCCAUUGUGCUGCUAUACCCUGAAACCACAGCAUUCUAUUUAUGUACACUUCUUUGUAAAUGCUCUUCUUUUUUUGCAGGAUUUUGAUUACAUAGAUACAAAUAUAAAUAUAUGAAUAUAUGUAUGUGUGUAUCUAUGCAUAGACAUUGUUUAUGUGUGGAUAUGCAUGAAUAUUCUCAAAUAUGCAUAUUUUAAACCUGUGUUUGAUAAAGCAUGACACGAAAGCAGAAUUUUUUUCUGUACUGAGCUGUGCUUUCUGUGAUUAGCAUUAUAAUUUUUAUUAUUUCUAUUAUUAAUUUUUAUUGCCUGCUAUCACUUAAUUUGUUUCUUCAGACUACUGCGAGAGUUGACCAGCCAACAUAAUUUAAUGCUGUAAAUGCAGAUUAGUUUGGCAAUUUGGGAAAUUUGCUUAUUUGCUUGUGUAAACUAAAACCCAGUUUUUCAGUUUAUUAGGUCACUAUGCUUCCCUUCGUUAUAAAUCUUCCCCUCGUGAAGGCUGAUGCUGGUUUAGAGAUGGUUUUGCGUUAAUACUCUUACAAUUGUUUAGUCGUUUAUAACAAACCCCUUCACAAUGUGGUGCAGGGCUUUUAUAUUAGACUGCAUUAGUUUUAGCUACUGAAGGGAGAUACCAUAGAUCAAUACCACUCUCAUGUUUGUACACUGAUCAGCCCCAACUCAGGAACACUGACAGAUAAAGCUGACCUGGUUACAGCACAGUGUUCUGCUGGGAAUCCCGGCAGUUGAAUGGAUGUCUGACUUUUUAUAUGUCUUGUCAUUUGACAUUUUUCUGGUAUUAACAUCACCACAGUAGCAGCCUUCCCCAACAGGACAGUAGGGAGAGCUCGGAGAACAUUACAGAGCCUGGUUCACAAAGACACAUUACCCAAAAAGUCCAAAGGAUCUGUUUCUAACAUCCUGGUGCCAGGAAUUCCAGGACACCCUUGGAUGUUCUUCGACCAUGCUCUGACUGAGCAGGGCUGUCUUGGCAAGAUGAGAGAGGUCGUAAUGCCGUGGCUGAUUAGUGUAUAUUAUACAUGAGUUUAAGAGCCAGCAGCAGCUUAGUGAAGUUAAUACAGAUUAUAUAAAAUGGAGGAAACAGCCUAGCAGUGUUAAUCAGCACUUGUGUUAGUCUGACCAAAACCAGAUUUCUUCAAAAUGGCUGUUAAAAGUAGCCUGACUGAAAGUGUACAAAAUCAAACACUUAAAAAGCAAACACACACACAGAUAAUGUAGCUGCAAGUCCUUCUGCAUACACUCAACUUAAUUCAAAAGGACCUUAACUUGCCACACACACUGCAAAGAGCCACACUUUUGCAUAUUUUUGGGGAAAAAAAUUAGUGUUUAGUAGUGAAGCCAAAUUUCCAACAAAGCUGCUCUCAUUCAGUUUUAAGUUAGAUGGUCAAACAUGUCAGAAGUUGUGAGUGAAGAGCAGCACAUUGAGACUACAUGUCAAGUCAUGGUCAUGUAAAGUAUUUCCAGACUGUUGCUUUGCUCUAAAAUUCAGAUUUUAAUGCUGUGGCAUCAUCUGAAAAA